AUGUCUGUUACUUGGCCAGAGCAGUACGCUCUUUCCAGCUCUACACAUGUCCCAAACAACAUCUUACCAGCUCUAAUCUAUCGAGAUGUUCUCCCUGUUCCGGUGAACCCUGAACUUUCAAAGCGUCUUUGUGAGGGGAAUGGCUGGGAAAAACGUGGUGAGUGGGGGGAGAUAACAAUACCACACUUCCAUCCAAAUACUCACGAGUGUUACGCUAUAAUUCGAGGAAGCUCACGCCUUGCUCUUGGGCGAUCGAAAGAACAUGAUGCUAUGGACGGCAUUGAGGUCAAUAUCCGUACAGGGGAUGUGAUCGUGAUUCCGGCAGGAGUUUCGCAUCGAUCGAUUGAAUCUGAGAAAGGCUUCAGGUACAUCGGCGUAUAUCCCAAAGCGGCUCCACGCUGGCGAAACAACCACUGCGAAGGCGAUGAGCCCAUGGAUGCAUUGUGUCUAGAGAUCAGCAACGUGCCAAUCCCUGAUUCCGACCCUGUCUUCGGUACGAAUGGCCCUCUGUGUCAGAUUUGGAAGUCGGCACGAAGUAGGACCCGCGUGAAGAUUUGA